AUGAGAGCCUUGCAUCUGAAGGCCCAAUGGGUCAGAUCGAACGCGGCCGCGGCGGCCGAAGCGACCUUGACUCGGCUUCACUUGGAUGAGAAACGCGAUCCGAGAGGUCGGAGGAGAGGUUUCGCCGUUCCAGAAGUUAUGACAUCGAGUAUAGUUCAGAGGAUCCGAUUGAUUCUACCUCAUGUUCUCCUGCUCUGUACUACAAUACUUUACAGUAUCUUGGGAGCCCUGUGUUUUCAAUAUACCGAGCAGAAUCAUGGGCAAGGACACAUGUCGCGAUAUGCACAGAAUGCCCGGAUGGCUCAGGUAAUGAUCGUCCCAAAUUUAGAACAAAACAUUGUGUCUUUACCUCACAACACUUUGACUAACACAUUUAAAAUCUUUUUUGAUUACAUCCCCUGAGGGCUUUCGAUUGACUAUAACAAAUAACAAUUGACAAGGAUGUGACACACACGUUGUACACUCAAUUCCCCCGAGGGAAACACAUAUUUCAACUUGUUUUUAAAUCCAUUUCAGAAUGCUCUCUUAAAUCUGGAGAUCCCUAGCCUAGCCGGUCUAAGGUUAGAGGACAAGAAUGCAACGGAUGAACUUAUUGAAGACACUAUUGACAAGAUUAUCCAAACUGCCAUGGAGGCAUACAGUGAGGGGAUUUCGGCAGAGGAGAUUUCCCACAAUUCGGUGGAACGAAAACGAGGAUCAAAGUGGUCAUUUCACUCCGCGCUGUAUUUCUCAAUUACUGUUUUGACCUCCGUAGGUAAGAACCGAGACUUAGACUACUUAUGGGGUUUUACCUUCAAUCAAAAACGUGUAUUACACAACAAUACACCACCUAAACACUUCAUAUGACUUUCAGGUUACGGAAAUUUGGUGCCUAUUUCGCCAAUCGGCCGGAUCUGUUGCAUUGUCUAUGGAGCAUUAGGGCAAGUUUUUACCAAUCUUAAUUUCAUAUAACGCGUUCAUCAUUUCGAUUGACAAAACGACACUACAGUGAGGGACCUGAUCCAGUGUCAAAAAACGUACCAUUUUGUAUCCGGCAACCAUCAAAAAUGUGGAAAAAUGCUUCCCUCUGCGAGUGAAAAACUUUCCCUCAUAUAAAGAGCAGGCGCGCUUUUGAAAUCGGAGUUUUUUCACUUGGAGAGGGAAGCAUUUUGCCAUAUUGUUGACACUUCCCAGAUUCAAAAUGGUACGUUUUUUGCCACUGGAUCAGGUCCCUCACUGUACAUUUACCACGUCCCAGAUUUUCCAAAUUUCUCACCUUCCACCUAGCAAUAAUCUCCUUUCAGGAUUCCUCUGACCCUGAUCACAAUCGCAGAUGUUGCCAAAUUCUUUACCGACGUGUUGGCUCAGACCGAAAACCGAUACCGAAAACGUUUGAUGAAGUCGACAGAAGGCAGAGGAGAUGGCCAAAUCAAACAUGCAAUUGAAGAGACCGUUCAUGAGAAUGGCGAAGAAGACGAGGAGGAUCUACUCUGCGAGCCGGGUCCCCUAUCCAAGGCCUUUGUGUUAUUUCUUCUCCUAGCUUAUAUGUUCGUAUCAGCUGUUACGUGUUCCUACUUUGUUGAGACAUGGAAUUUUGUGGACAGUUACUACUACUGUCUCAUUACAAUGGUACGAAACCUGUUUUUUGCGACAAAAACAAUCCUUACAUCCAAAAAUAUUCAUCAAGUCUACUACAAUAUCCCAAACCCCACUAAUUUCAGACAACCAUCGGAUUUGGAGAUCUUGACCCGGCUUUGGCCUAUAAUCCGCCCGAACAUUACUUCGGAUGGAUUUUCUUCAUCUUCGCCGGUCUUAUUCUCUCAACCAUGACUGUGGACAUGUGCGGAUCUUCGGCGAUCCAAAAGAUGCAUGCUUGGGGAAGAGGAAUCGACGCGUUGGCCAUAUUCUCUGCACUGACAAAGGGUGGAAGUGGGGGUCAAUGGAGUGCAUUCCAGCCUGAGGCAUUAAGCGAUAUUCCCUACAUUGAUCAAAAGGUGCGACAAUUGAGUGCGUACGGAAUGACUUAUGACAACUUGAUCUACCGACAAAGCGAGUCGGAGGAUUCUAGCGGAAGGAGUUUACCAAAGUGA